GUGGUCAAACCCUGAACCGGGUCAAUAUAAGCAUUCGUAUUUGCUGUGAGAAGUUAGGUUGUGUACUUUGGUAUAUUAUAUUUUUGCCAUUGGUAUUGUGGUGCUGUUGUGCAGCGUUUACAUAGUUUUUGGUUAAUCGACUGGAAACUCGGAUAUUUGCUUAAAAAACUUGGGCAGAUAUUCCAAGUUGGAUAAAGUUAUCAGAAGUAUGAGGCUACAUCAUUAGGAUUCAUGCAAGCCACUUACUUAUGCAACCCACAAACCAUCAUGUGUGACGAACAAGAUGUAAAAUUAGAAACGAUUCAGCAUUCUCCUGCAACAGAAGUGCCAAUAGUUAUGUUGCCGAAAGUUGAAGAAAUUGUUCCUUCUCUGAAGGAAACCAUGCAGAAUACUGUUGAAAUCAAAGUAGAGAAUGAUGCCUGUGGUUUGAGUGAAGAAAAUUCCAUUGCCAUAAAAACUGACGAGGUUUGCUUACCGUCAUGUGCCUUUGUGAAGACCGAACCUGAGAACUAUGUGGAUUCACUGGAAGUGGAACCUGAUUUGUAUAGGGAGAUGUGGUCACCUACUAAUGAUGGAAAUGAGAGCAUUAAUAUAAAAGUUGAGCCUGUCACAGAUAUACAAGAGGAGGAAUAUGAGGUAUCAAAAUCAUUUCCAUUUAUGAAGACUGAAAAUGAGAUGACUCUGAAUGAGCAUCAGUUCAUAGAUAGUGAGAAUCAUCCAUCUGCCUCUGAAGUAAUUAAUGAAUCAUUAAGCCGACAGAGUAAUCUGAAGACGCAUCUGUGCAUAUAUAAGGGGGAACAUCCGUAUGCAUGUGUUGUGUGUAAUAAAUCACUCUCCCAGAGAGGUCAUAUUAAGAGUAAUUUACACGUACACGGUGGAGAGCAUCUAUAUACCUGUGAUGCGUGUAGUAAAUCGUUCACGAGGCGCUGUAACUUGAAGAGACAUCUGCAGAUUCAUAGUGGCGUGCGUCCGUAUACAUGUAACGUUUGCAAUAGCAGAUUCAGUCAGAGAGAUCAUCUGAACAGACACUUGCGAAUUCAUAGUGGUGAGCGUCCGUAUACUUGCGACGUGUGUAAAAAAUCAUUCCGUGACCAGAGCAAGCUGAAGAAACAUCUGCACACUCAUAAUAAGGAGCACUUAUACGCGUGUGUCGUGUGUAAUAAAUCGUUCAGCGAGCAGAACGCACUGAAGAUACAUCAUCGCAUUCAUAGUGGGGAGCUUCCGUAUUCUUGUAAUAUUUGCAAUAAAUCAUUUAGUCACCCAAAUACACUGAGGACACAUGCGCAUAUUCAUAGCGGGGAGGAGCAGUAUACAUGUAAAAUUUGCAACAAAUCAUUUGGUCAGAGAAGUUAUCUCAAAGUACAUCUACGCAUUCAUAAUGGUGAACGUCCAUUUAAAUGUGAAGUGUGUAAUAAAUCGUUCACUGAGAAACGUAAAAUAAAUUCACAUAUGCGCACUCAUAAUAGGGAGCGUUUGUAUGCGUGCAUUGUGUGUAAGAAAUCAUUUAAUGAGCAGAACGCGUUGAAGAUACAUCAACACAGUCAUAGUGAGGAGCUUCCGUAUGUCUGUAUUAUUUGUUUUAAAUCAUUUAGUCGCCAAAAUACACUGAAGAGACAUCUGCAUAUUCAUAGUGGUGAGCGUCCUCAUACAUGUCACGUGUGUAGUAAAUCAUUCAUUGAUCGGAGUAAAUUGAAAAGACAUCUGACCAUACAUAGUAGGUAAAAAGUAUAGUAAAGCUGUCCCACUGUGUACAGGAUAGACGGUAUAGCUCAUACUCAUUCUUAACCUCAGCACUAGAUAGUGGUGAGUAGUCAGCGUCACGCCUCUGCCACACUUUACUCCUGACAAGAGGGUGGGUGCAGAGGCUAGAGGAAAAAUCCUCUGUCCCCGUCGAAGAUCGAAUCCCGGCUAUCUGGUCUGUAAUCAUCCGUUAUACUGACUGAGCUACCCCAGCUCCACACAUAGUAAAUAGUAUUCUUAUUGUAGUGUAUUUCAGUAAUUGUAUUUGUAUCCUUGAUAACGAAAGAAUGGCUUUGUUUCCAUCAGUUAUACGAUUGGUAGAAAUUUAUUCAUUGAUGUACUUGAGGCAAAUGAAAUAAUAAUACUUGAAGUAAUUGCUCUUAAUAUAUUUCAGUUUGUUGAUCUAAAUCACACUUGUUAUAUUGUUGACUUCUUCACUUGACACUUUCCUGUCUUAUAAUUACUGGACUCUGCAACCAAGCAGCUGGUUUGUCAGACUUCGCAAGUGUUUUAUACCACCGCAGAAACUGUGACUUCUGGUGUCAUAAUUUAGAAUUCGGUAGAACAUCUGAGAGGCUAGUGCACACAGCUUACUGAUAUUGUUGGAUAACGUGAAAGGGUAGAGGCCUUGCGACGAGCUGAUCACUCGACCAAGGAGUCCUACCAAAUGUGAGCGAGCAAACCAAGAAGAGAGGAAAAAAGCAUACCCUGCCGAAGCGGGACAAAUGCUAGGAGCGGAGGGUGAAAGGGGGCAUGUUUUCACUCUGCAGAUUCAUGACACUAGGCUUACAAUGUUUGUAAUAAAUUAUUCAGUGAGCAGAGUAAAUUGAAGAUGUGCCAGUACAUGACAGUGGAGAGUUACCAUUAGACUCCACUGUGUGUAAUAAAUAAUUAAGUUGGGAGAGUAAGGAAAAGUAAUAUGUUUGCACUGCUAAGUUUAAGGUAACAGUCUGAAAAUGUUACCUGGUUUCCUAGCUAAAUAUCACAUUUUGUUCCACUCAUUAAUUCAGUAUUUUCUACCCUGUCUGUCAAGUUACCUUCUUCACGAGCAUCUGUGUUUUCCUCGUCAACAUUUAUUUGAUGUUCUGUGGGAUAGACACUUUACACAGAAAUUAUCUUGUACUAUUAGAAUUUACUUAAUAGUUGGGUACAUGUAAUCUUCAAACAGGACUGUGAUUUCAGCAGUCAUGUUAAAGAAAUUUGAAAAGUUUUGGCAUAACGUGUGUAUUAUUUUCUAGGUGCAAUAUGUUAUACCAAAUAUGGUAAAUUGCCGGUCAAGAAUGGUUCUAAAUGUAAGGUUAUGUUUAAUAAACACGUUUUUAUUGAAAAGCCUUACAAAAUACCAUAUAAAGAUUAAAAUCAUUACUUAUUUUUGCAUUAUUGCUUAAUUAAAGAAUAUAUUGUAAUUUAAUAUAGUGUAACACGUGUAUUAUAUACUAAUUAUAUUUGACUACAAUAUGAGAAAUUGUAACUUCUGUACAUUACUGUAUUAUAGUCUUAAUUUUUAUGAUAUAAGGUGACUUGCAAAUUAUAUUAUAACCUCCUGGAGAUGGCCUGAGUGGUUAAAACUGGUCAGGUGUUUAAUAAUUAAGAAACUGAUGAUUUGUGUGUUUUAUAUUAUGGUCCUGUAUUGAUUUGGACAGAAUAUAAUAGCAUGAACAUUACAAGGAACUUAGAUGAAAUUAAGGGUACAUAGGUGACCAGAGAUGAAGUGAGAAGGCAUACUGAAACAAGUAGAGAAAAAGCAUACAAGAUGACUGAUUAUGGGAUCAUAUGGAGAAAUACUUAGAAGGCUGUGUUUCUAUAUGGUGCAGUAUGGCAGAAACAGCAGUGAAUUAUGUUUAUGUUGACUUGUGAACAUAAGCAGAGAUAAUAAGAUUAAAAUGUUGGUUCCUGUGACAUAUGUCCACUGUCCUCUUUCACCAAGUGUUUGCUGGAAUUUGUAUUAAUGGAAGGGGCUAUUCAGUUCAUGGAAUUUACUGAGGCAGAAUAUGGCUGACAACUUGAUUUGGAACCAUAGGGUGAGUUUGAAUGUUCCUGUGAUACUGGCCAUAUGGAAGCCACCAACCAUGCCUAUGAUAUUAGAUAGGCACUCUUUAUCUGUUGAUACCUACAUUAAAGAGGACUUAAACCUUGUGUGUUAUUGUGGAUAUACAGACGCCUCUAUCCAUGUAGGAUUUGAGGUAUUCACGGCAGUGAGUCUGAAGAUGGCUGCCUUUUGGGUUGUAUCGCCAUGUGCUGUCAGUGUGUUGGUUUUGUAAAAGGUGUUCUGUAUGAAGACAAUGUCUUGUCGUCGAUGAUGGGGAUUUUGGAUUUGUGAGGAAGUGUGACACAGUUUGUUUCAUAUAUUUUUGGCAAAGAAGCAAGAUGUUAUAACAGGUGUGUUUUCAUUAUAUUUUAAUUUUAAUAAAUCUCAUGUGAACUUCAUCAAA